GAGAUCGAGCCGUCGACCGGUUUGUCGAUCACAAAAUUAUAACAAGACGAUCUUAAAUUUGCGAAAAUUCGAAUUUUUUUUCCAGUUGCGCGUGUGUGCGGGUGGGUGUGCGAAGACGAUAUAUCUCUUUCUCGUGAUCGCUGCGUUACGUGAUCCGCGAUCAACAUGGGGUGCGGAAUGGGAAUGAUCAAGUAUCUGCUCUUCAUAUUCAACUUCAUCUUCGUGCUAUGCGGUCUGGCCAUUCUGAUACUGGGUGUGAUAGUGCAAUUGCAAUAUGUGAAAUACGCCAGUGGCAAAAUAGAAGAGAUCGACUUGAAUGUGCCGUCGAUAACUCUGAUCGUUGUCGGCAGUAUCAUAUUCAUCAUCGCUUUCUUCGGAUGCUGCGGAGCAAUUCGCGAGAGCCACUGCAUGGUCGUCACGUUUGCAUCAUUGCUUUUGACGAUUUUGAUCGUGCAAGUGGCCAUCGCAAUCUACACGUUUGUCGAAAUGAAAAAUUCCGAGGAACUCAACGUCGAGGCGACAUACAGGAAAGAAGUCUUCGAUCGUUACACGAGGUCAAACGAGGAUAAGGAGCUCGUAGAUAUGAUACAGAAUCAAUUGGAAUGUUGCGGCGUCUUGUCCUCUAACGAUUUCAAAGAUAUAGGAGUGGAAUACGUCCCAGGAAGUUGCUGCAAUAAAGAUGCAAAAACUGCACGAUGCUUUCCGGACGAGGUGUUCAAACAGGGUUGCGCACCUGCGAUACAACAGUUCCUGAAAUCUGGGCUUGCAAUAUUAGGUGGCAUCGCUCUGGGUAUUGCUGCUAUCGAGCUGAUCGGUAUUAUUUUCGCACUGUGUCUGGCGAACUCCAUCAGAAACGCCGAACGCAGAGGUUACAGUGUGUAAAAGAAGAAAACAGUUUGGGAGAAGCGCUGUCUCACGUGGGAAAUUUCCAAAACAACGCAUCACAGUAUCCUAACGAUAUAUAUCGAUAUAUCGAUACCGUCACAAUAUCUUUUUGUCUGCAAAAUAUGGUGAGCUACUUACAAAAGAAAUUAAAAAGAUUUUGUUUUAAGCGCUAAAAAAAAAGAACACAAAUGUCUUUCCUAUGUCUUUGUUUCGAGUUUUCUUUUGUAUCAGCAAUCGUGCGUGACUAAAGUAUAAAGAAAUUUAUAGUAAU